AAUUGCUAUAAAUUUUGCUAAAUUUUGUURGUGUUAUUUUUAAAGUAGACUCGUUUCUGUGUGGUGACAAGGUAGUGUGAUCAAGUGUCAAGAUGAAUGGUCAGAAGAGCAUGACGACCUUAAAUGAAUUUUACAAGAAUAUGUGAUAGUUUGUCCUCACAUGAGACUACCUUAGCACUUCCGUGUUGGCUAACGAUUUCCUGCAAAUGUAGCGACAUMAAGUGAAAGUCGUGAGUUUGGAGAAUUGCAGAUUAUGGAAGAUAAUUUGUGGUACCAUGGUCUACUUUCUCGUGAAGAAGCUGUUGCUCUUCUCGUAAAAAACGGGAAAAAAGAAGGUUUAUUUCUUGUACGAGAGAGCAAACAAGUUCCUGGUGAUUUUGUGCUUUCACUUUGGAAAGCAAAUCAAGCUCUACACUUCCAGAUUCAAUGCCGAGGGGAUAUUUAUUUUUCUAUUGACGAUGGACCAGUAUUUCAUGGCCUCGAUGCACUGAUUGAAUACUAUCGUGAAAAUGCUGAUGGAUUGCCAAUAAGAUUGACUCAGUGYUGUAAAGGACACCCUCCUCCUGCUUCAACAAGGAGGCAUGGCAUUCAAACGCCACUUCAUCAGGCUUGUAUUGAUGGGGAUGUCAGACUGGUUCAAAGACACUURCGUGAAAACCCUUUAGCAGUAAAUGCCCGCAAUGAAAAUGGCAGAACACCUCUGCAUCUAGCUGCUCUUAAAGGUUCUGAUGAUGUGACAAGAAUGCUGCUMCAAUGUGCAGCAGAUCCUAGGUGUCGCGAUAAUAAUGGCCACACUGCUUUAAUGUGUGCAUGUAUAGCAAAUAAUCCGUCUACUUGUAAUGUACUGGUACAUCAAGGCAAAGCUGAUCUACAAGACAGAUGCCCUAAUACAGGAUGGGUAGCACUUCACGAGGCUGCCUCAAGAGGGUUUAUAGACUGUUUUCAUUUGUUAGUUCARCUUGGAGCACCACUYCAUCCAAGGACRAAUGAUGGUGAUACYCCAAGAGACUUAGCAUUAMGAUAUGGACAUGUUUCAAUAUCAGACWUGAUAGAUAAUUAUCAUUUAAGCCCUCCAAGGACAAAUUCCACAAUAUGGUUACAUGAACAUCUUGAUAGACAGGGAACUGUGAAGCUAUUUCAAAAGUGGGGAUUAGUAGAUGGACAAUUUCUAAUAAGGCUGAGUACAAGAGAUCAUGGAUAUUAUGUCUUGUCUGUUGUCCUUAAUAAGCAAGUAUUUCAUUAUCAAAUCAAAAGUAGGUCUGAUAGGUGGUUCUAUAUAGAUGAUGGUCCUUUGUUUGAAACACUUCCACAUGUUAUAGACCACUACAGUAAAACAGCUGAYGGGCUUCCUGUGUUACUGUCACUGGCAGUUCCACCAGAUGGCAGACCCCCCAUCCCUCUUACUCACUUUACUCAUAAUUCACCUAGAAAAGUUAGCAGAAGCAAUUCAGUGGAAAAUUUUGGGCCCACUUCACCACAGCCAGCUCCAACURCAAGAAACAAACUGGUGAGAUCUAAGAGCGAACAUCCUCAUCAGAUAGAUGACAAAACUGACAGUCUUCCAGUAAGACCACAGCCUCCUCCAGCUGUAUCACCAAUGAAGCCAUCAAUCAAAGUUCGACGUCCACCACCACCAUUACCUCCAUCAGCUCCUGAGGUCAAAGAGGAAGAAAAACCUCCACAAGCCAAAUCACAGCAGCAUACUCUAAUAAACAGACAAGACCUUGAGCUUGGUUCAGAACUUGGUCAAGGAGAAUUUGGAUCAGUACUGAGAGGUGUGUGGAAGGACCCUAGAGGAAACAAGAUUCCUGUUGCCCUCAAGACAUUGCAUCCUGAUAAAAUAGCCCAUGGAGAACAGGAGUUUCUCAGAGAGGCACGUGUUAUGUAUGGAUUACACCAUCCUUGCAUYGUGUCUCUGAUUGGUGUGUGUUUGGGGCCACCACUUAUCUUGGUUCAAGAGCUGGUCUCUAUGGGUGCUCUWUUAGAUUUCUUGAUAGAUCACCAACCAGAAGUAUCCCCAAGGGACCUUAAACUUUGGGCUGCUCAAAUAGCAUGGGGGAUGAUGUACCUGGAAAAGAAACGAUUUGUACAUAGAGAUCUUGCUACAAGAAAUAUCCUGAUGGCUUCCAAGCAUCAGCUUAAGAUAAGUGACUUUGGUUUGUCAAGAGCAGUUGGAGCAGGUAGUGAUUACUACAAAGCUUCUCAAGGAGGCAGAUGGCCUGUUAAAUGGUAUGCUCCUGAGUCCAUAAAUUAUGGAACGUUUUCUCAUAAGAGUGAUGUGUGGAGUUAYGGAGUUACRCUSUGGGAGAUGUACUCAUUUGGUCAAUUACCAUAUGGAGAAAUGACRGGUGGUGAGGUGAUAAGGUUACUUGAGACAGAAGGAAAAAGGUUGGACAGGCCAGAAGCAUGCCCUGAACAUGUGUACAAGUUAAUGUUAAAAUGCUGGGAUCUUAAACCUGAGUACAGACCAACAUUUGAAGAGYUGCAUAAUAUAUUCAGCACCGAUCCUUUGUAUGCUGAUGUAAGGUUGUUCAGAGAUUAAUGUAGAUUGGUUUAGAAUUCAGUACAAGUAAUCAUAGGACAGCAACAAGAAGGCAGAGGUUUACAGCAUGUCUAAAGUGUACAAUAACAUUAGCACUUAGACAUAGUCUUCUUUACAGAGUGUCAUUUGGAAAUGUCGAUGUGCAUCAUUGGAUCCAAAUGAGGCUCUCAUGAUAGAUACCUUUUUAUACAGCAAAGCCAGUUAUUUUUCAUAGGUAUCUAAAAUUCUUAUUAAUUCUUAAUUCUCACUUGGAUUACAAAGACAUAGGGAAUUCUGAAACAUAGUCUAACAUGUCACUACAGGAUCUAGUUGUACAAAGGGUGAAUAGCUUAAAGUGCAAGCAGGAAAUAAGAGAGAGCAUUGAUUUCAGUGACACUCUUUCACUCUCUUUUGUUAAGCCAUCAGCUAAAAACAUAAUGCAAUAACAGCUGUAAUACUACCAAUAUUUUUUUAGUUUAAUAUUGAAUAUUACYAGAUAAGGGAGAGAAAAAGAUACACAAUAUUUGAUUAUUUGCAAUUCAAACAAACUAAAGUAUUGCACUCACUUAUAUUGUGAUAUGUCCUCCUUCUGGUACAAUUAAGACAAAUAUUGAUUAUAAAAUUCUGAUAUUCAGAGUAUAUUUAGUAAAGCUCCAUUUUUGGGUUAUGCACGCUAAUUAUUCACAUGGAAUUAUUAAUUUGGAUCGAGUAUCAUUCAAUAGUAGAUGUCACCAUUUAAUUUGCGGAUAAUGUUUCACAGUUUAAUUCUCACAGCAUCAUAGAUUGUGUGCAUGCAUCAUUGCAUCUGUGUAUAAACUGUCAAGCAACUAUUAAACUGCUGAUAAUAUUA